UUAAAAAUAGUAGCGGUACACUCAGAAGAGAAGAGAAGCAGAGGGGGAGUCUGAAGAAUGCCAACGGCGUCGUUUCUACGCAAUCGAUACUGGGUUCUCAGGCAUGGCAAGAGCAUCCCCAAUGAGAAGGGCCUCAUUGUUUCUUCUAUAGAAAAUGGUACCCUCCCAGAGUAUCAAUUGGCAACUGAGGGUGUUGGACAGGCGCAGUUGGCUGGAGAACAGUUCUUAAAGGAGUUGAAGGAAAAUUCGAUAUCGCUCGAAAAUGUUCGAAUAUGCUACUCGCCAUUCUCAAGAACAAUUCAUACAGCUAAAGUUGCUGCAUCUGCAUUGAAUAUUCCAUUUGAAGGCCCUCAGUGUAAGAUGGUGGAAGAUCUCAGGGAACGCUACUUUGGCCCUUCAUUUGAACUUAUGUCCCAUGAUAAAUAUGCAGAUAUCUGGGCUCUUGAUGAGGAGGAUCCAUUCAAGCGGCCUGAAGAAGGUGGAGAAAGCGUUGAAGAUGUUGCUUCAAGACUUGCCAAAGCAAUUCUUCAAAUUGAGUCUCAAUUUCAAGGAUGUGCCAUCUUGAUCGUGAGCCAUGGGGACCCCCUGCAAAUCUUUCAGACAGUGGUGGGAGCUGCGAAGCAAGAAGAUGAAUCGAGUUCCGAUGAACUGGAAUCAAAAUUACAAGCUGUAAUCACCAAGUCCGUUCUCUCGCAGCACCGGAAAUUUGCGCUGCUCACCGGAGAGCUUCGAGCAGUCCUGUGAAUUCCGGCAAGUUCUCCCCGGACUUGUUGAAGAAGACGAGUUCAAGAAUUGGCAUUUUUUUCUUCUCCUUUGGAAUGAAAAUUUUAGGGAAAAAUACCCUUUUCGUCCUGAAAUUUGAACUUUUCUAAA